AUGGCAGACGAGGCCAGCACCUCGGAGAUCCCUCGAUGGAGAAUCUCCAAGGCAUGCGAAGAAUGCCGUCGCCGAAAGAUCAGAUGCGACGGUGGAGAGCCCUGUCAACACUGCAAACUGAGGAACUCGGAAUGCGAGUAUCGUGGCUUCGUGCGGCACCGCAAGCGCAAACAUGAGGUUGUAUCGAAGGACGGUGCCGAGGACAAUGAGGAUGACGGACGUAGCGUCAAGGUCGGCAAUAGUUUCAAUACUAAUAAUAUUAAUAAUAGUGCAGGCACAUUAUCAUCAGAUGCUGCGCCAGCAUCAUCACAUCUGCCCACGCGCUCAGCCUCUGGUGGUGCUGCUGCUGAGAACAGCAGAGACAAUGUGAUAAAUUACAGCGUGGCGGCCACGCAUGUCGCCUCUCCGUCAUGCGUGAUUCAACUCUACUAUGGACCGUCUUCCAAUUUCUCCCUGAUGCAGUUGAUGUAUCGCCAAUUGGUCGAGGGAUACGGCGAGGCGUCCUCGCGCGGAGAUGAAGUCGAAGAAGCCGGUCCCGGUCUGGAUCUUUUCAGUCAUAGGCGACUGUUUUUCGGCGAUCUUGCGGGGAGUCAAGACAUGUCGAUAUCGGAUCGAGGCGACCUGUCCUCGUCUAUUUUCUUUGUGCAUCCGUCGACGGCGACCAAGUAUCUGGACCGGUACCUAUCCACGAUUUACCAUCUGAUGCCAUGGCAGCCCAAAGAUGAGUACCGCCGGAAACUGGAACAGCUGUAUGACAGGCAGAAUUUCAUGUCCCUCGAGUCCCCCGAAGCCACCAUCAUGCUUCUCAUUCUCGCUAUGGGCGCAGCCAUGACGGAGGAAAUCGACCAGGGCAACUUUAUAUUCCAGCGAGCCAAGGCCAACGCCGCCAAAUUUGACGAUCUAGUCAACCUACAGGCAAUUCAAAUCCCUCUGAUGAUGAUAAGUCUGCCCCACGCGUAUUAUUUUCUUGCAUGUAAACUAACAUCUGAUUACGCACAUUAUCAAUCCGAAAGAGCACGGCCAAAUUCGGCUUAUUUGUAUCUUGGAACAGCAGUCCGGAAAGCGAUAGCAGCUGGUUUGCAUAAAAACACGCUUCUGCAGGCUGAGCGGACGACAGGAGACAUCAAUGAAAAGAGAUCAACUUUCUGGAGCCUCUACUUUUACGAGACAUGGAUGUGUUUCGGUCUGGGCCGUCCAAUGAGCAUCCCGGCCCACGAAAUCGCCAUUCCAGACCCCAAAGAGCAGCCCAUGCUGCUUGCCCUGGUAGAGCUAUCGCGCAUCAUGACCAAGUCUGCGCGCAGCAUAUAUGGCCAGCGCUAUGAAUCUCUCCUGCCGCUGUGGAAGAGCGCCAAGGAUGUACGAAAGGAUCUUCAUUCUUUUGCGCGUCGGGUUCACGGCGUCUUGAAUUUCGGACUCGAGGCGUCUCCCAGGCCGGGCGAAGUAGGCGUUUGCCAGACUGUCUUGAUGCUGUUAUACCAUACCGUGACGCUACUCACAUUCCGUCCGUUUCUCAUCUUCCGGGCAAGGUGGCGGCGAGACGGACCAGCGAAGAGCUCAGAGACACAAACAACGCCGUCAUGGCUAGAUGACGCGUGUGAAUCGUGCUUGGAAGCGGCACGAUGUCUCAUUCGAUACCUGUCGGAUUGUUACCAAGUGAACAUUUUAGUUCGAAAUAUGAAAUAUCACGGCUUCUUUCUCGAAAGCGCCUGCUUCACGCUCGCCUUUGAUAUGAUGCACAUGACGCCGCAGAUGGCAGAAAAACACCUGCCGUGGGUGCGCUUAGGGUAUCGAUGCCUGGCCAGCAUGCUGCCGAAGAACCAGUUCCACGAACAGACCUCGGUGACUAUGAAUGCCAUUCAGCAGAUGCUAAUGGCUGUGUUUCCGAAUGCUGCCGUGGCAGGAGGGGCUGAUUUCAUGUCCACGGGCCAGACUGGAACUCCUGCAGGAGCUGCAGGUCCUGCGAGUGACGAGUACCAUAGCACCAGUAGUCGUAGCCAUGACUUUCCUGGCACGACAUCCUCGUCCCCUCAUCAGCCCCAACAUCAGCAACCAGUAAAAUCCCGCCAGCACCAGCAACAACAGCAACAACAACAAUUCAACAACUACAGUCCCACCACAGACCUCGCCAACCCUUCAACCUUUUUCAACUUCCUCGGCCAAAACCUCAUGACUCCGCUCCCCGUCGGCGGCGGCGGCGACGGAAGCACCGAGAGCAACAACCAAGAUGAUCAGCUCACCGAUUUCCCGCCGCUAGAUAUGAAUUGGGGGGACAUUGAUUUUUCGUCGAUGGACCUGGAUGCGUUUUUGUCGAUUGAUCCGUCGGCGACGACGGCGAGUGGUAUGAAUUCGACUGCGGUGCCGUGGGGUGGGAAUGGGAAUGGGAACGUAAAUAGUACUGAUCUUGGACUGGGAUUGGGACCGGAAUUUGGAGGCCUACGGUGA